GCUGGGGCUGCCGCUUUGUUCCACCACGAGACUUGCACCACGAGCAGCCUCUCCUCUGGUGGAAAUUCCACCAUGCCUACACAAGCCACUGCAUGGACCUCCUCACUCCAUAAAUUGCUGAGCUGCUGUCUGUUUUGGCAUCAGACGGAAAAGAGGCUUUCAAGCUCCACUUGCCUGCUUCAGCUCCAGCCACCACUUCUCAGCUGACAUGAAGGUCUCUGUGGCUGCCCUUGCCAUUCUCAUUGCUGCCUUCUGCUACCAGACCUCUGCUGCACCAAUUGGCUCUGACCCACCAACCUCCUGCUGCUUCACCUACAUCUCCCGGCAACUGCCCCGCAGCUUCGUGGUGGAAUACUAUGAGACCAGCAGCCAGUGCCCCCAGCCAGCAGUCGUGUUUGUCACAAAGAAGGGUCGCCAAGUCUGCGCCAACCCUGAUCAGGAGUGGGUCCAGGAGUACAGGAAUGAACUGGAGCUGCAGUAAGAUCCUGCCACCCAUGUCCCCCACUGCCACAACAAGAGCGCCACAGCCGUCUGCAGGCUCCAUCAGAAAUGCUUGCAUGGCAUUUAAAGAGAGCUGAGAAACUGAAAAUGGUCCAGAAUCUGAUUUUAGUGCUUCGCUAUUUAUUUUUUUUUAUAAGGGAGGGAUAAGGUGCAAUAACUCCAUUCCAGACAAACAAGAAUAUUGUUUAAAAGAUAUAUUUUUUAAAAUGAAAACUCGUGUACAGAUUAUAUUUUCUAUAUUUAAUGAAUUGAAUUUUUGAUGUAAUGUUUAAUACAAAUUUCAAUAAAGAAAUAUUUUUCUAAAAAA